CAACUCAACUUCAAUAAUACAAUUCCGAGAUGUUGGCUACUAUACGUUUGAAGUGGAGACACUACUGAUACCUUACACUAGUAAGAUGUCAAAUUUAAAUACGGACCAGGAUCUCAUUCUCAAUUUAGCCAGACUGUUAAGGGAAUAUGGUGAAAAGGUUCUUAGUGGUUCAGCAAAACUCUCCUUCACGACAUCUGCACUGGGUUAUCUGAAUCAUGUAUUCACGAGAGUGAGCCACGAGGACUAUGAUCAAUCAUUCGAGGUGCUGGCAGGAAGACGAGCCUUUGAUGCUCUCUAUCACGAUGUGCAAUUUCUCUUUGAUGUCGUUCAGAAGACUAUUUCACUGAAGCUGAUGCACACCUGUGCCACGCUGCAAGGUCCUGUGAAGGUUGAGAAGUUCCGAUCACUGAGAGCAUUGGAGAUGAAGAAAGUGCCACCACAUCUAGUGAUUGGUCUGCAGGGGCUGCGACCACGCCUACACUCACUCACCUGCUCGCGCUGUGUGGAUAAUCUUGAGGAUUUGUUUGCAAGUUGUGGUGGAGACAUGAGCCAAGCCUUUACAUGGCCAGAACUAACCACUGUCAACCUGAGCUUCAAUAGCAUAGAUUGCCUUGAUGACUCAUUGAAAUUGCUACCUGCACUGCAUUCUCUCAAUCUGAGCCACAACAAACUCUACCAGGCGGGAAGUUACCUUGAGCUACUAGUGUCACUUGUGCACAUUAACCUCAGCUUUAAUCAGCUGCGUUGGAUUCCACGGUUUGGCUCCUCUGCAAGAAGCAAAUUAACCACACUUUUGUUGAGGAAUAAUAACCUGGACAACUUGGAAGGAGUAGAAGUCUUGGAGUCUCUGCAGCAGCUCGAUGUAUCUGAUAACUGCUUGUCUGAUCACAGCGUACUAUACCCUCUCCAAGCAAACACCAAGCUGACAAAUCUCAACUUAACAGGCAAUCCGCUGUUUUUUCAUAAAAUACAUCGGUGUCUCACUGUAGGAAUAUUGGCCAAUAGUGUCGCCACUAGUAAUUUUCAGCUUGAUGGACGCACAUUGUCACGAUCUGAAGUACUGCAUUCGGGUCAGCAACACAAUAGACCUCCACAGAGAAGACACUCCACAAUUGUGGAGACUUCAGCGAGCAAGAGCUUUGAAUCAAGUCUAGAGGUGUCAUACUCGGGAGCCAUGAGCAGCUUGAGGCAUGAUACUGAUAUCACGUUCAGCGAUGGAGAGACACGCAGAGAGAGGCGGAGGAGAGUGAAGGCAAGGAAAGCUCAGAUUGCUGAUGCUGAUGACAUUGAAGUGAUCAGUACUGCGUCUGAGCAGUACACUAGUGAAAUUGAAGAGCAUAUGUCAUCAAAGCACCAAAUGGAAACAAUUCGUAGACAGCUCGGGGCAGAAUGGCUGGUGGCAACCAAUCAGCAGUGGCCAGCUGAUGCCAAUGCCGUACCACUGAAUAAUGACCAUGAACAAAUGGCGAAAGUUGCGCAUGGUAAUAGCACCGAGGCAGCACAGCCAAGGGUUGGGAGAAAGAAUUCUAAUGGAAGUGACAUAGUAGUGCUUGAAAAGCAGCCUGUGGCGUCAUCUAGUGGUGAUAUGAGUGGGAGAGACCAUCCUGAAACAAUGAUAGGCAGCAGAGAUUCCUCCCACCAUGUCAACAUUUAUCAGGUGAAUUCCAGCAUGGAAGUAUCACAGGCGGAUGAUCACAUUUUCUCGGGUAGUGAAGCCGAAGUGUUCAUUGUUCACACAACGUAUAGUGGUUCACAAGCGCCACAGACGCUGCUGCUUACAGUCACUGAUGGCUUCCUUGAAGAGAAGGACAUGAAUGGACAUAUACUGGACAGACUUGACCUAAGUGCUUAAAGUGUUCAGCAGAAUUCACCUCAGUGCCUCCCAGCCCAAGGAAGAGCCGUCUAUUGCCCGACAGUGCUGACGUACAUUCAACAAGUGCCUCAUCAACUCACAGUCAGUGGAGUGAUGUGCGCACUUGCCCUCAUUGCAAGAGCGAUAUGGUAGUGGAGGUCGAUAAGCCGGCUGUCACCAGGGCUGCUGGCACUCCCACUCCCAUCGGUUCAUAUUCGUUGUCCCAGCAACCUGUGCCCCUGGCGACAUCAUCCGUUGUCACAACUCCAGUCAAACUAAAGGGAAGGCCAGCAGAGCCAUCAUUGAGCAGUUUCCAGUCGGCGAACGAUGAGAGCACAGCGUACCUCUCCGCUGACACGGGUGACACUCCCUACGACACUCCAUUCACCUCCGACGCUGAUUCCUGCUCCGAUACGCUGCCGGCAAAUCAGUCAUUGUCACGGCGACAACUCGACUUCGGUCCACUUCCCGACGACACGACGAUGCCGGGAGGCGGGCGGAAGCGACCGCCGGGCGAAGCCGCAUUGAGGACGUCGCCCGAGGUCGCGCGGCCGGCCGCAGCCGUCGAUAGCGACAUCACGGUGAUCUCGAACCCAAGCGCGUCGAGUCUCGCCGUCAUGGCGACCGAGUCGGAUGCGAGCCCGCUGCAUGCCGAUGCUCUGAACGUCGCCGACCUGCUGCGCUUGAAGAUGGGUGAGUUUGACACACGCUCAGAUGGCGCCACCGCCAACGGGCAGACGGAGGAGCGAGACGAGGGCGACAUUGUCACGCUGAGGCAGACGCCGCCAACGCUGCCCACGCUACGAGCGACGGCAUCACCCACGGAGAGCCGGGGGAGUGGCGCGGCGAGGGAGCCGGAUUCGAUGAAGCGUACGAAUGGCACCGCGCCCCCAUCCUGCCACGCCCUCGAGCAGACGUCAGUCGACAGCGAGUCGCUGUCGAGUUGGCAUGGCUCGCAACUGGGAGCUGUCGGCGCCAUGGCAACCGUCAUCAACGAGCACAUCCGAUCGUCGUCGCGGACGGUGAACGACAAUGAAGGCGAAGAAGAGAGCGCGUCGGUGAUCUCGUACAACUACGAAGACUUGACGCAGUGUGAUCACAGACUGCUGCUGCACUUCUCUCUAAACGCGUUCACGCAACAGCAUGAGGAGCUAGUGGGAAUCGUGAAGGUUGGUGUAGUGCAGUAUAAUGUCGCAGAGGAGUAUCCUGGUUUGCUUCUUGUGUCAUCGCAUCAAUUCUACAUUUACAAGAUGACCAGACAGGAAAGUCACCAUCCGGAAGAAUGGCUGCAACUCGUCGACUCUCAGGACAUCACUGAGCUGGUAUACCUGGACGUGCGGCUAGGCAAGCAGAGUUUUCGCAUGGAGUUCGCGGCUACAGGCAGCUGCUACACGUUUAUAGUGCGUGACCAGCACAGGUGCAGCACGAUGGUGCGACUUAUCACCGAUGCAGUACGCAAGACGACAACUAACGUUAACAGCAAGCUCAAGUCGAUCACUAAGAACAGCACUGUGACUCUUGAGAACCUACGCAAUCAGGUGCUGCUAGAUAGUAGCGGUCUCACGGAGGUGGACUCCACUGUCACCCUCCAUCUGCUUGCAUACCGACAACAAGACGAUGGUGGAAAAUGGACGUCCACUGCUGUUACAGUCACACCAACCGAUAUGUGUCUAUCAACAGAGAAUCAUCAGUUUCCUAUGCCAAGGCUGCAGCCUACAGUUAAAAGCAAUUUAUUUACGUGCCAGUUUUCUAAUCCGAUCAAACAGAAGAUCAACAAUGUCACUGCAGUGGAGUACUGUGGUACUGAGGUGACGAUCGCAUUCCUGAAUGAGGAUAGUGGUGAGGAGCAGAAGUGGAGGCUGCGUGUGGAGACAUCCAGCGCACGCAAGGCUCUCAUUGCUGCCAUCAGAGAUCCCUGGCAGAACCAGUUUGCAGUGGAUCUACAGGUGACCCAGGUGACGAGGUGACCAAGGUCACAAGGUGACCAAGGUCACAAGGUGACCCAGGCCAGGGAGGUGACCAAGGUCAUCGAUGUGACCCAUUCCAGGAGGUGACCAAGGUCACAAGGUGACCUAGAUCAUUAUGUUACCCAGGUCAUGCGGUGAACCAGGUUGUUAGGUGACCUAGAUCAUGAUGUUACCCAGGUCAUGAGAUGAACCAGGUUGUUAGGUGACUUAGAUCAUGAUGUUACCCAGGUCAUUGUGACACCUAAAUAUCAUAUUUAAGUACCAUAUUUUGCAGCUUAUAGGGUGUACUUUUUAUAGCUCAUAUGACAUGAUACAGUCAGAUGGAGCUUGUAGACUGGUAAAACUAAAGAGUCAAGAGUAUGUGCUGAGUAAGUGUCUGUCCAUCUGUUUGUAAACAAUAUGGGCACAAAUGUAAACUGCUUGACCUAUGCUAUUGAUAUUUGGUAGACAGAGGCAUGGCGAGAAAACCCAUCACUUUAGCAAAAUUGGAGGUCACAGGCCAAAAAGGCAGCCGGGCAAAGGAGGUAUUCUGUAGCCAUUGUAGCAACCAGCAUUGUGGUGUCCUAGUUUUGAAGUGCAGAUGUGUUGCUUGCAUUUAUUUUUCACAGCUGAACACGUAUGGGCUAGCGAAUGCCAUGCAGUAAUCUUGUACACAAAAACCCGUAGCCUAUUUUUAAAUGCGAGCAAUAACAAAUUCCUGACUUUUUGCGCAUUUAAUCUGACCGGAUUAGUAUGAAAUUGCGAAACUUAAACUUCAUCACGAUAUCAUGAUGACGAACGAUGAGCAGUGCCAUGUUUGAUCCUGCUUUCACUUGCAUCCGCUGUCUCACGGCAAUUGUUAUUGCCAUAAUUCAGCGGACAGACGUACACACAUGACGAUGUUCAACAUCAAAUAACAUAUGAUCAGGAGUGAAUAAUAGAGAUUCUCUAUUAUUCACUCCUGAUAUGAUCGAUCCUUCUCGUAAUUUGCUACUCCAAACAUUCCGUCUUCAUCCGACACGGCCGUCAUUAGAUGAACAGUGUCAGUCUCUGGCACUUGACUUGGUACUCAGAAAAUUUGUUCAAAUCCACUUUGUGUCCUAUAAGUUGAAGACCGGUCGGUGUAGUGGAUAUAUUUUUAUAGCUAAGGUUUUUUGCUAUAAAAUAUAAAUACUAACGCUGAUUUAUGGAAUUUGAGGAGGGUUUAUGGAAUUUGAUGGGAGGAAAUGACACCAAAAAAUCAAGGUUACACCCUUAUUUAUGAUGAGCGUAUACCUGAUAGUAGGGAGGGGGCUGCUACGCAGUCACAAUUUUUUAGGUUAUCACCUAAGUUUUAGGUGCGUCUAAUGCAUCAAAGCAUCUUAGAAACGGCGAAAUAUGGUACAGUCUAAACUGGUUGACGCGUGUGGUGUGGUGACAGGUGCAUAGGUGUUUUGAAACAUGCUAAUGGCAAUACAUCAAACUACAAACUACAGAGGAUAUGGAUUGAUGUGGGCCGAUAUCAUUUACGCUAAUGCAAGGCAGUAGCAGUGAGCAGUGAGACUUGUAAAUACGUGAGCACACAUUUUGCUCCCAGAGUUUGUGUAGCGGCUAUGAGAAACAAUUGCAAUUGUACAUUCGCUUUAAUUUUGAUUUGCUACGGAGAGUUUUGUUGUAGUUUUCUUCUGUGAAAUAUAAGCUGACACUGGUCAUAUUUGCUUUCAUACUUACAAAUGAUAUUACCGCGAAGGCAAAGACACAAGUGAAGACCCUCCUACCACAUUUUCAGAUAUGGGUUGUGACAAUGGUUAUCGCUAGCUGUAUAGUGUUACUCUGCUUAUUCUCACCAUAUAUCAUGAGUAGUUGAAAUGGGCCGGAUCCCCAAGACAGGUGAAUUCGUAUAGGUGGGUAUUUGCGAGCGAGGUAAUAUAUGACAUGCAUUCUAA